AUGCUGAGGACCCUUGCAGAAAGCAGCAGUGAGUUCCGCCGGUUGAGCGAGCACGUGGUCCGAACUGGCGCAGCACCUUCCCGUGAUCGCUUUGGCAGCAGCGAACGCACGGUGCAGAAGGCCCUGCAAGUCUUUCGAAUAGAGCGAAUCUUAAUGUCGGAUGCAGAGACGAAGUACCGUGAGCAGCGAAUGAAUAUGUUUCUGGAUCGAGGUGCCUCAAGAUGUGAACUGCAAGACUGCUGUGCCUUGCGACCCGAUUCGUUUCAUGACCUCGACAUUGGCUUGGACGAGCUCCUGUUGUACCAUGGUUGUCGAGCAGGCAGUAUUCAUGGGAUUCUUCACGAGGGCUUUGAUCCUUCCCGCUCUGGAGAGCGUGCCGGUCAGUUCUUUGGAUGUGGUACCUACUUCGCUGACGUCGCUGCAAAGGCAGACAGUUACGUAGACGUAGCUCCUGACGGCGUGAGAUGCAUCAUUGUCGCGCAAGUUUGCCUUGGGAAGGCGUUGAGAGCUCUCCGUGCCAUGCCAAGAUUUCAUCCAAGCUGCAGGGAAGCUGAGGACGAGGGCCCCGCCUGCGAUUCUGUGAUAGGAGAAGACACGAAACAUGGUGGAAUCUUGGACCACAGAGAGUACGUGAUAUAUCGGGGUGCGCAGGCCAUUCCGCGGUAUCUGGUCGGCCUUACACUCUGCUCGGCCGAUGGCAUUGCCUCCAUUGCGACUGCCUGCUGCGGCUUCAAAUGCUGCGGGCGCAGUCGCGGGCAGCACAUCGCCCGCUCCGCCAGCCCCGCGGUCCAUCUCCGCGAGGCAGAGCUGCUCGCCUUGGCGGCCUUGCGCCAGCGCGGCGAGGUCAAUGAAGUCGUGAAAAACGCCAUUACCAAGUCGCAGUACAGCAAGGAGCGCGUCACUUCGUGGACUAACCAGAUCAUUGACGAGUGCUUGAAGGAGCUUGCAAAGCUGAACAAGCCCUUCAAAUAUGUUGUCACCUGCAUCAUUAUGCAGAAGAGUGGCGCGCCACUACACACCGGUAUUGCCUUGCACUGGGACACGAAGACAGAUGGAACUGCAUGCGUGCAAGUGGGGACAGACACCAUGGACUGCAUCACGACCGUGUGCGCAUGUAUGAUUUGA